CUGAAAAGAAAGAAAAGUUUGAUCAUCAGUCACUCACCGACAUUUAAACUCAGCCGUGCGCGUUCACGUCCUAGAUUUGGAGAUGUCGGUGCCGUCUCUGCGCGCCUGGUGGCGGAGAGAAAAGUAUUUUGUCUCCUAGAAGGAAUCGAAAUAAAAGGACAAAAUGUUUAGAUAAUCCAAAAGUAGCCUACUUCAGCCGGGACUGGAAACGUCAGAUGAUAAGCGGCCAUCCAUAAUCAAGCUCGGACAAUCAGACAACCCUGAUUGGACUCUUUUCCUCUCGAACGAGUUGCUGCCUGCAACCGCUGUGGGAGCCGGAGUCGCCAUGGAGACUGUGGUGAUCGUGGCCAUUGGGGUGUUGGCCACCAUUUUCCUGGCCUCCUUUGUCGCCCUGGUGGUGGUGUGCAGACACCGCUACUGCCACCCUCACCACCUGCUGCACCACUUCGACUCCAAACCCACGGUGGAUCUGAUUGGAGCCAUGGAGACCCAGAGUGAGCCGUCUGAGCUGGAGCUGGAUGAUGUGGUCAUCACCAACCCUCACAUUGAGGCCAUCUUGGAGAACGAGGACUGGAUUGAGGAUGCCUCUGGAUUGGUCUCUCACUGCAUCUCAAUCCUAAAGAUCUGCCACACUUUGACUGAAAAGCUGGUUGCCAUGACAAUGGGUUCAGGGGCAAAGGUCAAAGCACCGGCCAGCCUGAGUGACAUCAUCACUGUGGCUAAACGCAUCAGCCCGAGGGUGGAUGAUGUGGUCAGAUCCAUGUACCCUCCUCUGGAUCCAAUCCUCCUGGACGCCAGGGCCACCGCUCUCCUCCUUUCAGUCAGCCACCUGGUUCUGGUCACCCGCAAUGCCUGUCACAUGUCCGGCAGUAUGGACUGGAUCGACCAGUCACUCAACGCGGCUGAAGAUCAUAUGGUGGUUUUGCGUGAGGCGGCGCUGGCCUCUGAACCGGAUCGAGGCAUACAUGGAGCUGACACGCAUAGAGAACAGGCCAUCUAGACAUCUAAACACAGAUACAAACAUGAAGGGCAUAAAAACAUGUCUAUUUUAUCAUUGGGCUUCUGUACUCAAUUAAUACUUACCAUGGCACAUAUUCUGCCAGACAGUGUUGAAAAUGCCUAAACUCAUCUACCAGUCCAUAUUAACAAGGACACUUCUAAAGGCUGUGCCAAUAGUUGCAGGGACUUGACUUUGUCUCAUUUUCACAUUAAAAAGCCUUGAAAAUA